AUGGCUCCUGCCAGUCCAAAAGGCAAACGCAAGGCUGCUGAUGCACCCGUCUCCCCUCCGGCCAUCAAAAGGAAGAUCCAGAGCGCAACUACCAAGAAUGCUGUCGCAAACUUCUUUACACCGGCAUCGCAGAAGCCCAAGGACCCAACGAUAUGGUCUGAACGAAGCCCCAAUGACGACACUCCAGCAACCCUCCUCGUCGGCCGCUACGAACCGGAGGUGAAAGAAGACAAGACCAUCAAAAGGAUGAAGAUUGCUGCGUUCGACCUCGACUCAACGCUCAUUUCCACGGCAUCAGGGAAGAAACACGGCAGUGGCGCAUCCGACUGGAAGUGGUGGGACAACCGUGUGCCUGGGCGACUACGAGAGAUGUACCAAGACGAAGGGUAUCGCAUAGUCAUCCUCUCCAACCAGGGGGGAUUGACACUCCACUUCGACGCUAACUACAAGGGCCCGAAAGCAGCGGCCCAGAAGCGUGUGGGUGAGUUCAAGCAGAAGUGCAGCGCCAUCCUGAGCAACCUGAACCUGCCUACGACCGUCUAUGCCGCCACCGGUCGAGAUAUCUACAGAAAGCCGAGGACGGGGAUGUGGAAGGAACUCUGCGACGACUAUGACAUUCCGGAGGACGAAGUAGACCUCGAGAACAGCAUCUUCGUCGGCGAUGCAGGAGGACGAACUGCGACGUUGGGCAAGGGACCAGAGGGUGUUGCGGCUGUGGCAAAGGACUUCAGCUGCUCGGAUAGAAACUUUGCACACAACGCAGGGGUCAACUACCAGACUCCCGAAGAGUUUUUCCUGGGAGAGAAAUCACGGAGUUUUAUCCGAGAAUUCGACCUGGCCGACUACCCCUACGCUAAGGGUGGCGACGGAGCGCCCGCAUCGGACGGGCCCCGCGCCGUGUUUGAGAAGACAAAUGGCCAGGACAUUGUCUUAUUUUGUGGGCCGCCCGGGGCCGGGAAGAGUACCUUCUAUUGGAAAUACCUCAAGCCACUUGGGUAUGAAAGGAUCAACCAGGACACCCUCAAGAGUCGAGACAAGUGCCUCCACACCGCCCGGGAGCACCUUGGAGAAGGAGACUCGAUUGCAAUUGACAACACAAACGCCGAUCCCAGCACUAGAUCUCUCUGGAUUGACCUCGCCAAGAAAUUCGGCAUUCCUAUCCGAUGCGUGUGGUUCUCAACGCCGCUGCCUCUGUGCGAACAUAACGAUGCCGUGCGCUCAAUGAACUCGUCGAUGAACCCAGAGUCAAGGCAGGUGUUGCCAAAGCUGGCCUUCAACGGGUUCGCGUCGCGGUACAAGGCCCCACACACAAAGGAAGGGUUCCAGGACGUUGUGGAGUUCCACUUCGAGUUCCGGGGCAGCAAGGAAGACUAUGAAAUAUGGGGACGAUACUGGGUGUGA